CCACUGAAUUUUAUUUUUAUUUUGGGUUUAAUUCUCUCCAUCGAAUUCAAAGCGAAAACGAUGAUGAUCUCUCGUCGAUUGGCUUCCAAAUUCCUUGAACCCUUGUCUUCUUCAUCCCUCCACGUCUCCCGCCAUCAUCUCCAUUCCUCUUCUCCCAUUUCUACCUUAAGAAGUCAUCUGAUCCACGGAUCAGAAAUUCAGGAGCUGCGUCUCUUAAGAUCCUUCUCUGCUCUCGUCACCAAUCCCAAUACCGAGAAGCUUCGAUCUGAAACAUGGUCAACGAGGUAUUUCUCGACACCGAGCGGAGAUGUCGAGCAGAAGCCAGAGGAGUCGAAGCCAGAGGAGCCGAAGAUGAAGCACCAGGAGAUCGAAGGACCGACGGUGGAACGCGACGUGUCGGCGCUAGGAAAUGAGACGAGACAAGUAUUUGAAGGGAUGAUGAAGAAUAUGUACAGUCUAAGUGGAGCUAUGGGUCUUCUAGGUCUAAUACAACUUGUCCUUGGAGGGACGAUUCUAUACGCGACUCGAUCAGAUCCGAUGCAUGAAAUGACAAUUCAGAGCUGUAUAGCGUUCGGAUUCCCGUUCGCCAUGGCGUUGAUGAUGAGACGAUCGUUGAAGCCAAUGUAUUUCUUCAAGAAGAUGGAGGAAGUUGGUAGGUUGCAGAUUCUGACUUUGACGCUUCAGGUUGCUAAGAAUCUCAAUUUGUUGUUCGUUAGGGCUCGUGUUGUUUCUAUCUUGUGCGUUGGUGGCUUGUGUUGCGGAAAUUUGUACCUCUUGUUAUCCCCAUGAAAAUGGAACAGAGCUUCUUCAAAAUACAA